CAUGGCGACGGUGUGCUUCGGAGGAGCCGCGUAAACGCAUGCACGGUCCGGCAGGAGUGUUUUCUUCCUUUAACAAGAUCAAAGGACCGGUAUCCUCGCGCGUCAUCCUUAAUCCCAGUGUGUGUCGUGUGCUUUGGAAGGUGUUAAAGAAGACCUGGAGGAUCCAGGUGAGCGUGAAAUGUGUCCGACCCGAGGCUGCUUUCCCACUGAGAGUUGACACAUUCGGGCAUGGGCCUCGUCGAGCAUCACGAGCAAGGCGGAGCAUCGUCGCGCCCCUAAUAAAAACAUAGCCUAACAGUAGCAGCAGCUACGGGAACACGAAGACGACAGAAGGCAGACGGGAGCCGGAAGUGGGGAGAAGGAACCACGCGAGUGCCUGAGAGACAUCGUCGAGCGCAGACCAAGGAGUAGGUGUGCGUCUGAUAUUCCUCGUGGAGAUUUCAAUGCUGCUGGAAAGGCAUUGGCAGAACACGAACUCACAAGACAUUCCAUCCUGGACACUUAUGUACCGUUGCUACACCAGCAACAGUAUACAGAAUCCUCCAGUGACCAGACACAACUAGUCACGUUUCAGUCCACUGGGAAUUUCAGUGAAUAAAAUUCGGAUACAUUCAGGCACCGUCUGUAUACAAUAAUUGGAGUCGUUGUCAGUGACGUCACACGGUGGACGAAAGUAGCGCGACCUUAACCGUGAAAAUGUUUAAAAACUGUGAAAAGCCAACGGCCACCAGUCUGGCGCUCACAACAGAGCCGACUUUUAUUUACACGAGACGCUGCGAUAUCUCCUGGUGCACUUGACUUCGAAGCGUAAACCAAUCACCGCCGUGGAGGCAUAUAAACACAAAAGAAAAGAAUACCCAGCAGACACCAGGAAGACGUUAUGGAUCUCGUCGUGGAUAACCUAUAUAAGGCUUGGACUAGCCAUGUCCACUAGGAGGCGCCGAUCAUUGAAAUUGAGUAUAGACGGGAAAGUAGUACGCGAGACUCGCGAUAGAUAGGAUGAGUGGAACUCGUCAGAGCGAAGCCCGCUGCUUCAAUGAGAAUUCUCCAAGGCCACCUGUGCCCGGAGAGGAAACGGGUGGUUACAUCAGCAGGUUCCGUCCGCAGAGUCCGGCUCUGACACCUAGACGUUCAUCGCUCGCCCACCCGACAGGCUCCUGCGAUGCUUCUGCACCCUUGGGUUUCGAGCCAGAGGGUAGCUGCGGUACUACCACCAUGGAGAGUUACUCGCCACCAGCCUGCCUGCGCUGGGCCAGGAAUCUCCAUUUUCUCCUGCAGGAUCCCGAUGGCCUCGAGCUCUUCAGAAAGUACCUGGACCAGGAAGGGGGACCGCACGCGAACCCACUUAAUUUCUGGUUCGCCUGCGAGGGUCUCAAGAAGCAACAAGACCCAGACAGGAUACAUCAGCUCGUCAAGCUCAUCUACAGAAGAUUCUUCCUCAAGUCACAGCUAGCAAUACCCGAAGAUGUGCGCAAGGAGGCGAACCGCAGGGUUAAGGAAGGUCGAGUCGACGAGAAGGUCUUCGACGCUGUCCAGCUCGAGGUCGAACGCCUUAUUAACGAGACGACCUAUUCGAACUUCCUACGAUCUGACAUGUACCUUCAGUACGUCCAAUCCUGCCAGAAUCCUGACUCCGGUGGUUGUCCCAGCUCAGGAUCCAGUCGGGAGAUGUCUGUAUCCUGCGGACACAGUAUGCUGCCAACUGUUCACGAGGACAGCGAAUUCGUUAGUUCCGUGCACAGCUCCCAUUCGGCUAGCAGGACACCUAGUGAAUUAAGAGGCGAGCUAAGACUGACUAGGGACGUUCUCAUGGCAACACAGCAAACCAGGGCGAUGGAUCUUCGGCCUAAACCAGAAGCGUACGCCGGCCUUUACUUGCAACCUGGAGCUAGUCCAUACCACACGCCAGCGACCAGAUUGCACGCGCAAUAUUCCUCCUACAACCCGGUCUCGAGACAGGAUUCAGAACUCCAGAGCUUAAGCAGCGACGCGCGCACCGAAUCGGAUAACAUGUCCCUCACCGACUCCUCAGUUGACGGGAUGUCGAUAGGCAGACACCGCAGCAGCAAGAAGCAAUACAUGAGACAAUGUAGGGCGAUGAAGGAGUCUGCCAACCUGAAUCGCGACCCUAUGAUUCAUCAUACAGUGAUACCCAGGACACAGCGUGUAUCGCGAGAUCUCACCCAACCCUUGAAGCCGGAUGUGUUCGCACAAGUACUCAUUGAGAAGCUGGAGAGUGUUAAACGCGAGAGGGACACUCAGGAGAAGCUUGACAGACACCUGCAGGAGAACGAAGUCGUUGGUGCGGAUGGUCCGGCUGAUCAGACUAUGGGAGGAGGACCCAAGGCGCUUGCUGAUGCUCUCAGGGAGAAGUUAUUAGUGGAGGAUGAUAGUGAUCAGGCUAUUCUUGAUCAGCAUGUAUCCAGGGUGUGGUCGGACUUGACACCUUCGAGAUCACCAGGUCUCGCUUCGCCAAGGCCUCACUCGCCGGACAGACGGAGAGUACUCUCGCACAAUUAUCCAAGGUCCUAUAAACAGAGGAAGGAAAAGGACGUCUUCUCUACCUUCUCGGCGGACAGUGGUAACAUUCAUGACUUCCCUGAAGGCAGCGACCUCGUUGGCGCCGGUUCUAUGAGUUCCUUGGGAUCUCAUUUACCCAAGUCCAAGUCUGUGCCGUCCGAUUAUGCGGAUUCGCUUCACAAGCAGGACCUUUAUCUCCAGGGACACGAACCGAGAUUUAGAAGAUUGGAUAUGACAAGGAGGUCCGCCACGAAGAAGUCUAUGACAGAGUUAACGGACAGUGGCGUGAGCGUAGUCAGCGACGCACCGCCCGUUAAUAUUAGUAAGGAUAGUAGACUCUUGUCGUGGCUCAAGGAAUCUGAUAAGAAGACGGAUUUGAAACAUAGUCGCCAUGGGAAGAAGUAUGGUUCCCGUAGUGGUUCUCUUGAGAGAGCCAAUAGGGAGACCUGGGGUGUUCCUGCUCAACCGUUUGUUGCUGAUCCUGGAAUGCCGCCUCUACCGCAACCUCACACGGCUACGCAGCUAGAAGAAGCGAGGAGAAGGUUAAUAGAAGAGGACAGGGCACGUGGUGGUAGCAGACAAAGAUACCCUAGUAGUUGCAAGCAGACCUACGAACCGGCUACCCAGGGCCAAUCUUGCGUCCAAUCGAAUCAGUCGAAUCAGUCGACCCUGAGAAAGAGCAGGCAGGAUGCCAGCGACUUUACCACCGUUGUGUUCAGCUUUUGCGACGAGCAGUUUCCCUACAGGACCAAAAUACCUGGACACAACGUCACCUUGAAGCAAUUCAAGGAAUACCUCCCUAAGAAAGGCAGCUAUCGGUAUUUCUUUAAGACGGAGUGCGAGGAUUUGGAUAUGAAAGUCAUACAAGAAGAAAUCACGGACGACGCAGAUAUUCUGCCCUUAUGGGAAGGCAAGGUCAUGGCGCAGGUCAAGGCCUUCGAGUAGAAAAUUAAUUGAAAAUGAGGAAGAAUUACUUUAUUUCGUCGCGAGCACUGUUUGUUUUAACGCGACCCGGUAUUCGUCUUCGUGAAGAGUUGCCGACGAUUAUUUUUACAAAAAUUUUGACAAAAAUCAUAUCCGUUCGAUCGUAAAAGAAAUUUUUAAACGAUCCAUAUACGAUCAUUAAAAGUAUAUCCUUUGUUCGAUUUGAACUGCUUUUACAAUGCAUAACCCCCAAGUUAUGGCAAUGACAAUGAAUUUGGCCUAUCGUGAUACAAAGAGCAUCAACAUCCAUUGUUUGUUCGAUCAAGAGAAUACAUAUUAUCUUAUAUUUCUGCCACCAUUCAUUCGAGUGAGAGAAAAGAGAGAAACUCGUAAUAGAAAAUCAAUCACGAAUGUCUCUGACGCAUGAAAAAAUCAUUUUCCUGCGUCAUCAUAUUUUUAUUAAUUUUUAAACAAUUUUUUUUAAUCAUACACACUCAGUGUAUGAGUUUCUCGUCUCCUUGUCUUAUUACACGAUAUACUAUAGCAUCGUCGAUCCGUCAUUGUUGCGUUUUAACAUUAAUUCGAAAGGAACUUUUUACAGCGUAAAGCCAGGUACGCCGGCACGCAUAGAAAUUGAGGUUCAUUAGGUGCAAAAGUAAUAAGCGAAUGAAUGACAGAAGACACGAAGAAAGCAAGGAAAAAAAAAAUUUUUUUUAAUUCGACAAUAGGCGUCGACACAAUAAAAUACAUCACGAACCAUAUACAGAAUGAAAAUAAUUAGGCAAAAGGAAUUCGGGUUAGCGCAAACGCAAGUGCGACCAUCGAGUAUAGUAAUUUUGUGAACGAAAAGAAAUAAGAAUGUCGUGUCCGCGACAAACACUAAAGUUUUCCAAGUGACGCCCGCGACCCCGGGUUGACUCGUGGAUCCAUUAAAGGAUCCUCCCGCCCCCCUCCCAAGCGUCGCCUCGAGAGAAAAUCUUAAUAGAAAAUUUCUUCCUUCUCGAAGACUUCCCAUAGUUUUCCAGCCGACUGUACAAAAGCCUGCGUAGUUCACCGCCUUAUCAAGGUCUGCGUAGACCCUAGACUUAAAUAGAAAUAAUAUUAUUAUCACAAAUUAGUUUUUAAGUAUAUAAAAUAUAUACAUAUCUAUAUAUAUACGAAAUCCGCGUAUGUAUCAUAUAUAUAUGUAUAUGUAUAUAUCCAUAUGUAUUAUAAAAUGAAAACGCAAGGAAGUUUAUUAUCGGAUACACCAAUUUCACGUUUCAUCGUGUCACUUAACACAGCCAUUCAUUAAAAAAGAAAAAGAAAAAAAAAGAAACAUUGUAACAUAUAUUAUCCUCACAUUACUCUAUAAG